UCAUGUUUCUCACUCUCAUAUCUUUUUCUUUCUACUACAUACACACAUAGUACUAUGUUUUCUAGCAAAGUACCGCCACCAAUAGCCACACCGCCACUAUUCAACUAGUAGUAGCUAGUAGCAUUCAACACACACGCACGCACACCAUGCCUUCACUCUCACAAGCUUACAGAGGCCACCCCGUGCAUGUGUUUCACCACAAGCACCCUGACUUCAACUCCAUACAAAAACUUCCAGAAUCUUACACUUGGAGUAAUGAUCAUGAUCACACUACUACAACUACUACUUCCAAUUGUAGUGUCCCUGUUAUUGAUCUCAGUGACCCUAAUGCAUCAAAGCUUAUAGGACAUGCAUGCAAGACAUGGGGUGCGUUCCAAGUGGUGAACCAUGGCGUCCCCUUGAGCCUUCUUGAUGACAUGAACUGGGUUGGACACACCCUCUUCUCCCUCCCAUCUCACCAAAAGCUCAAGGCGGCUCGUUCUCCCGAUGGUGUUUCUGGCUACGGCCUCGCUCGCAUCUCCUCCUUCUUCCCUAAACUCAUGUGGUCGGAGGGCUUCACGAUCGUCGGAUCGCCUGUUGACCAUUUCCGCCAGCUCUGGCCACAGGAUUAUGCCAAAUACUGUGACAUUGUGGUGCAAUACGAUGAAACCAUGAAAAAGCUAGCGGGAAAUUUAAUGAGCCUCAUGUUGGAGCCUCUAGGCAUUACAAAGGAAGACCUCAAAUGGGCCGGCAAAAAAGGGCAAUUCAAAAAGGCCAAUUGUGCUGCCAUGCAGUUAAACUCGUACCCGAGCUGCCCGGAUCCUGAUCGGGCCAUGGGUCUCGCCCCGCACACCGACUCCACCCUUCUCACAAUCCUCCAUCAGAACGACAUUAGCGGGUUGCAGGUCCAGCAGGAAGGCACCCCCGGGUGGGUGACGGUCCCACCACUCCCCGGUGCCCUCGUGGUCAACGUUGGCGACCUCCUUCAUAUAUUGUCAAACGGGUCGUACCCGAGUGUGCUGCACCGAGUAGUUGUGAACCGAAUCCGCCAGAGGUUCUCAGUCGCUUACCUAUAUGGGCCCCCGCCCAACGCGGAGAUUUGUCCACAUGCGAAGCUAGUGGGACCUACUCAGCCUCCACUUUAUAGGUCAGUGACUUGGAAUGAGUAUCUUGGCACAAAAGCGAAAUAUUUCAACAAGGCACUCUCAUCCGUAAGGCUUCGUGCAUCAUCCAUUAACGGAUUGUUUGAUGUAAACGAGACUCAUCACCACAAAAGCACGGUGCAAGUGGGUUAAUAUAGCUUUUCAACUUUUUCGUUCCUUCCUUCUUGCAUGGUCUAUUUUUGUAAGUAUUGAAGGCAAAUUAAAUUGAAACACCUUUUUAUUUUUUGCUUAAAUGGAAAAAUCACUUAAUUUGGA